GCCGAGCGCCUCUAGACUGGCUUGCAUCUGGACGAGUCGCCACAACGGAAGUUCAUUGUCUUCCCUUCUGGCUGCCAGAUUAUUCCAUGGUAUCAGAGGAAGAAGUAUGUCUGCACUGGAGCCAAAUCAGAAGCCAGUGAACUUUGAGGACGUGGCUGUGUAUUUCACGAAAGCAGAAUGGGCAUUGCUGGACCCGACCCAAAGAGCUGUGUACAGAGAUGUCAUGCUGAAGAGCUACGAGAACGUGGCAUCCCUGGGAUCCUCUCCUUUAAAACCAGACCUGAUCUCCUGCUUGGAGAGGGGGGAAGUGCUGUGGGGACCUGAUCAGCCAGAAUACAGCGAAACGGCAAUCCUGCCAGGUUCAGGAGAUGAGCAAGCGGAUGAGAAUGACGAGAACCUUCUUCAGUCAGAAACUUCUGCACUGGGGAAGCAAAAGGACACGUGGUUGCCAAGAGCCCGAGGAAGCAUCAUCAAUUGUCAGGAAAAUGAACCAAUGGAAUAG